AUGUCCAUCGCUGCAGUCCCCUUCGUGGCCCGCCUCAGCUGCCGUGGCAGCGGCAAGGAGAUCGUCGCCCGCGACCUUGCUCGUGCCCGCAAGAUCAUGCAGGGCAUGAACCCCCACGGCCCCGCUGCCUUCCACGAGGCCCUCUGCAGCGGAGUCGACGUCACCGACGCUGGCGUCACAUACACCGCGUCCGUUGGCGUUGGAAACCCGGCGACGGACUACACUCUCCUCAUUGACACGGGGAGUUCGAACACUUGGCUCGGCGCUGACAAGAAGUAUGUCAAGACCAACACUAGCAAGAGCACCAGCAAGUCGGUGUGCGUACCCACGCUGACGUCGCUAUCAGUCACCGACACGGUCACCAUCUCGUCCGACCUUGUGAUUCAGAACCAGAGCAUCGGCGUCGCCAGCACCGCUCAGGGCUUCAACGACGUCGACGGCAUUCUCGGCGUCGGCCCCGUCGACCUCACCUCGAGCACCGUCUCCGGCACGGACUCCGUGCCCACGGUGACGGACAACCUCUUCGCGCAGGGCCUUAUCCCGAACAACUCGCUGGGGAUCUUCUACCAGCCGAGCACGUCCGCGAACGGCGACAUGAACGGCGAGCUCACGUUUGGCGGCUCCGACUCCUCCAAGAUCACCAGCGACGUCACCUUCGUACCCAUCACCUCGACCUCGCCUGCGUCACACUACUGGGGCAUCGACCAGGAAGUGACGUACGGGCAGAGCACGAGCCUGCUCUCCGGCUCGGCGGGGAUCGUCGACACCGGCACGACGCUCCUCCUGCUCGCGACGGACGCGUUCCAGGCGUACCAGAAGGCGACCGGGGCGACGAUAGACCAGACGACGGGCCUGCUGACGCUGUCCGAGAGCCAGUUCAGCGACCUGCAGAGCCUGUUCUUCAGCAUCGGCGGCACGACGUUCGAGAUGACGCCGAACGCGCAGAUCUGGCCGCGCUCGCUCAACUCGACGAUCGGCGGCGAGGAGGGCAAGAUCUACCUCGUCGCGGCGGACCUCGGCUCGCAGAGCGGGCAGGGCCUCGACUUCAUCAACGGUUUUGCUUUCUUGCAGCGCUUCUACAGCGUGUACGACACCGGCAACAGCCAGGUCGGCCUGGCCACGACCGCGUUCACGGACGCUGAGACGAACUGA